UCCCCGGGGCAUUCCUUGCCCGCGGCCUCUCCUCCAUGGCCGCCACCAUCCGCUUCUCGCCGGCCGCCCGCAGCCUCUUCGACGAGCCGCUGGCCAUCGCCGUGCAGGGCCUCGGCCCGCGGCAGCAGGUCACGCUGCGGACAUCCUUGCGGGACGAGGCGGGCGAGCUCUUCGAGGCCCACGGCCGGUACCAGGCGGCGGAUGAUGGGGAGCUGGACCUGGCCCGCUGCCCCGCGCUGCCGGGAGGCAGCUUCAGCGGCCUGGAGCCCAUGGGGCUGCUCUGGGCUUUGCAGCCCUGCAAGCCCUUCUGGCGGCUGGUGAAGAAGGACGUGCAGACCCCCUUCCACCUGCAGCUGGAGGUGUUUGAAGGCCACGGGGACACCCCCGGGAAGCUCCUGGCCCAGGCCGAGCACGAGCGGGUGUUCCUGCGGGACGGGGUGCGCAGGGUGCCGGUGCGAGAGGGGAGGAUCCGGGCCACGCUCUUCCUGCCCCCAGGAGAGGACCUCUUUCCAGGAAUCAUUGACAUAGAUGGACUUGGAGGAGGCCUUCGUGAGUACAGAGCCAGCCUGCUGGCCAAUCAUGGCUUUGCCACACUGGCCCUGGCUUAUUACCAAUAUGAGGAUCUGCGCCAGGAUGUGACCAAACUCCAUCUGGAAUAUUUUGAAGAGGCAGUGAACUACAUGCUGCAGCACCCACAGGUAAAGGGGCCUGGCAUUGGCCUGCUCGGUUUCUCCAAAGGAGGUGACCUGUCUCUCUCCAUGGCUUCCUUCCUGAAGAACAUCACAGCCGUUGCUACCAUUAAUGGCCCUGUGGCCAAUACAGCUAUUCCUCUCAGCUACAAGGAUAAAAUCAUCCCCCCUUUGCCCACUGAUCAACAGCGUAACAAGGUUUAUGUUGACAACGUUCUUGAUUUUUCUGAUGCUCCUUUUGACCCCUUUCAAGCCCCUGGCAACCAAAGCCUCAUCCCGCUAGAGAAAGCUGAGGCACAUUUACUGUUCAUUGCUGGUCAAGAUGACCAUAUUAUCAACAGUGAGUAUUUUGCUACUGAAGCCUGCAAGCAUUUGCAGGCUCAAGGGAAGGAAAAUUUUCAGAUACUCAUUUACCCUGGAGUAGGGCACUGCCUUGACCCUCCCUUUUUCCCUUUGUACCGGAUAGGAAACCACCCUCUUUUUCAGAAGUGGGCAGUCUUGGGUGGGGAGUUCAUGGCUUAUUCUAAAGCACAGGUUCAUGCUUGGCCACAGAUCCAGGCUUUUUUCCACAAAUAUUUAAAUGACAAGUAA